AAUGACAUGCUUCUGGUUCACAGUCUCGCGACUGUUAUCGCACGGUAUACACGAAAACGCGAUAUAAGAAGUGGAUUGCAGUGUUUGCACAUUCCUUUUUUUUUAUAAUUCGAGCUAAAACUACGAAAAAUUUAUAUUUAUAUAGUUUUCACGAUACUCGUUUACGCGUUUUUCCACGAGAAAAAUCGGUGCUUAUUUAAUGUGCAUGCGAAGUGUUUUGUUUCAAGAAUAGAAAUCGAAAUAAAUCAUCGAUACUCCUCGUUUUCAGCCUCUCGACCCGUCCCCGCCGCCGCCUUCCCCAUCAGGGCGCGAUACUGCACAGCAGCCGCUUCCGGUUAACCGGAAGUGACGCUCUGCGCGAGCCGGUCACUACUACCGUAUUUCGUCGGAAUAUUAAUACCAAGCAAACGUAGACCACCACCACCACCGCUCCAGACAGGCAUCAUGGAAGUCGCCACUGAACUGUCACCGCUGUCAGGAUCGGACACACAAUGCAAAAUUACCGAACGAACCUCGUAUUACCCUCAGGAGCCAAACAAGAGGCCGCAAACCAGGCAAGAGAAGGUUCGAUCGUGCCUCAAGCAUAACUCGUUGACGAUAUUGACUGUGACCGGUGUAUUCGGCGGUGUGGUCCUCGGUAUUAUCUUGAGAAGCCUGCGAACUCAAGGAUGGACGCCGCGCGAGAUCAUGUACAUCAACUACAUAGGAGAUCUGUUUCUAAGAAUGCUGAAGAGUUUGAUUUUACCGCUUAUCAUAUCCAGCCUGGUCUCGGCAAUCGGAUCCCUUGAUCUAUCAUUGAGCGGGAAAAUUGGUGUUCGUGCUAUAGUGUAUUACAUGGUCACCACCAUUAGCGCUGUUGUACUAGGUAUCAUUUUGGUAAUCACUAUCCAGCCGGGUGUGGGAAAUAAUCCUGACAUAAGGACAAAAGAACGGUCUCAAAAUGUCUCGACUAUCGAUACGUUGAUGGACUUGAUUCGGAACAUGUUUCCCCCGAAUUUAGUAGAGGCAUGUAUCUCUCAACAUAAAACGGAAUGCAAACCGGAAAACAGUACAUCAGAUAAUAUGGACGAGUGGAAGCCAGUGUCGAAAAGCGUGUCAGGAACCAACAUAAUGGGUCUCGUCGUUUUCGCCACGGUGCUUGGUAUAACGUUGGGAAAAAUGGAAGAGCAAGGAAAACCGUUGCUCGUAUUCUUCGAGUCCUUGUCUGGCGCGAUGAUGAUGAUCACUCAUUGGGUGAUUUGGUUGUCGCCUGUUGGUGUACUGUUUCUAGUAGCCGCAAAAAUCACGGAAAUGCAAUCGUUGGACGAAAUAGUUUCCCAACUGGGAAUGUACUUUCUCACCGUGUUGAUAGGCCUGUUGAUACACGGCUUCAUCGUUCUUCCUCUACUAUAUUUUCUAAUAACGAAGAGAAAUCCAUACGUAUACAUAUCCAAUUUGGCCCAAGCGUUGGUCACAGCGUUUGGUACGUCCUCAAGCUCCGCUACUCUUCCAGUCGCUAUUAAUUGUCUGGAAGAGGGAAACAACGUCGAUCCACGAAUUACUAGAUUCGUCUUGCCGAUCGGCGCCACUAUCAAUAUGGAUGGCACAGCUUUAUACGAAGCCGUGGCCGCAAUUUUCAUCGCGCAAGUGCGUCAAGUUAGUCUUAGUUUUGGACAGUUGGUGGCAAUCAGUAUCACAGCGACUGCGGCAAGUAUCGGAGCAGCUGGAAUUCCACAGGCAGGUCUGGUUACGAUGGUAAUGGUAUUGGAUACAGUUCGCCUACCGUCCGAAGACGUAUUCCUUGUCAUUGCUGUUGAUUGGUUAUUAGAUCGUUGUAGAACAACAGUAAACGUGGUAGGCGAUUCUCUCGGGGCAGGAAUUGUGAAUUAUUUAAGCAGGAACGAGCUUGCUUCGUUGCCACAUAAUGCACAGACGCAGAACGGAGCAGAUCAUCAUACCACGACGUCCAUAUGAAACCGAAGUCGAUAUUAUUAUUGGCAAGAUUUGUAAAUGCUGACAAACGAAGAACGAUGAGCGUUCGUUUUUUUUCCUCCUCCGAUACUUUGCCCGGUUAAAUAUCGUACACUCCCACCGAACUUUAAAUUUGAAAGUCGAAGACGAGGUUCAGUACAAAUAUAAUAAUAAAAUUCUUCACAAUCAACGAUGCAUAUAAUAGCAAAUAAUAGUGUAUCUAUUAUAUUCUAUUUGUAGUCAAUCUUCAAGAAGAGACUUUAAUGAUUCUUAUACAAUAUUAUUAGAAGGAUUGAAGCAAUAUUUUUUUGUAUUUAACUACGCUGCUGCCAGAUUCAUUCAAUUAGAGUACAAAAAAUAAUCAAAUGACACGAUCAUGUUUUAAUGGUCACUUUCCGUUGAUUUUAAUAAUAAGUUACGUCCAAUUGAAACGGUACGAAAGAACACAAAAGUUGAAAAGUUGAAUUUGAAGAUUUGAUUUUGUUUAAGUUUAAACUUUGAAUAUGUAGAAACAUAAAAAAAAAAAUUUAAAUCAAAAUGAAUCGAAUCUUAAGUUUAUCCGAUUGAUUAACCAUGUGCCAUAUUUAAUUUGUUAGAAAUUAUCCCUCCUAACUUAACUUGAAGUUGUUAAGUUGUUUAAAAUAUUUUAUCAUUUAAAGCUCAUUUUUUCAAAAUAAUUCUUUUAUGAAAAAUAAUUUUUCUGGUAUCACAUAAAAGCUGUUUGGCGAUUUAAUAAUCUUACUGCCUAAGUGUUCUAAUUUAUUCUAAAGGUGUUCUUUUUUAUUUUAUUACUUCUGAACUCGUUUACGGCGAAACAUCAUUCUCUUCUCGCGAAGUAAUAAAAUUGCGAUGCAAAUGUUUAAUUCUAAAGGCAUUUUUUUUAAUGGAUAAUUCUCUUGCAUACAACGUUUAAAACGGUACUUUAAAAUAAUG